UAGGAGUCGAGCGCAGAGGGGACUCGAUUAACAGGGAAAAUGAAUGUCUUAAUACGUGUUUUCAGAUAUCUUGCAAAGAUUCAGACAACACACAGACUUGUUUCUUUCUUCGUGUAAAUGACAGCGCUUCAAGAUUAAUUCACCAGAGCCCUAGUCAUGGCGAGUGAGACCCAGAGUCCUGCGCUGCUGCAAGAGCCUUCAGUGUUUAUUCUGGAGAAUGGGGAGACGUACAGAAACCAAACAGAAGUGAAGAUGAGCCAGAUAGUUCUUCCCUGCCAUGCAAACCACUGUGGAGAACUGAGCGCUGGGCAACUGCUCAAGUGGAUGGACUCCACCGCCUGCCUGUCUGCUGAGAGACAUGCUGGCUGCUCCUGUAUCACAGCCUCAGUGGAUGACAUUCACUUUGAAACCACCAUAGGGAUUGGACAGGUUGUGAACAUUACAGCCAAAGUCAACAGAGCCUUUACAUCCAGCAUGGAGGUUGGGAUUUCAGUGAGUUGUGAGGAUCUCUUCAGUGACAGACAGUGGAAAGUCUGCCAUGCUUUCGCCACCUUCGUUGCCCGUCGUACAGAAGCAGGAAAAGUACAGCUGAAGCAGGUGAUUCCACACACGCAGGCAGAGCAGAUGGAGUACAGCCUCGCCGCCGAGCGCAGGAGGAUGAGACUAAUCCAUGCAGAGAUAAUUAACGAUCUUCUCAGCAGCUGCUGCUCUCAGACAGUGAGUGAGUGUCUGGAUUACCAGGAUGCUGUGUCUGCAGAGAGGACUCGAGUAGAAAGCGUCGAGCUGGUGCUCCCACCUCAUGCCAAUCACCAGGUCAGCACCUUCGGUGGACAAAUCAUGGCCUGGAUGGAGAAUGUAGCCACCAUAUCUGCCAGUCGUUUGUGUAAUGCUCACCCAACUCUGCAGAGCAUCGACAUGUUCCACUUUCGUGGCCCCUCCCACAUUGGAGACCGACUGGUGCUUAAGGCAAUCGUAAACAAUGCUUUCAAGAAAAGUAUGGAGGUGGGAGUGUGUGCGGAGGCCUAUCAGGGUGGAGAGCCUCUGCGACACAUCAACACCGCCUUCAUGACCUUUGAGGUCUUGGACAAUGACAGGAAGCCAUGCACAUUGCCAAGGAUUCGACCUGAGCCUGUGGACGGCAAGAGGCGCUUUCAAGAAGCCAUAGCCAGAAAAAAAAUCCGCCUUGACAGGAAAUACAUAAUAUCCUGCAACCAAAGUGAGGUUCCUCUGUCGGUUCCUUGGGACCCAAGUAACCAGAUGUAUCUCAGUUACAAUAAUGUUUCGGCACUUAAGAUGUUGGCUGCCCAAACUAACUGGGUCUUGACCUCUGAGAAAAAUAAGGUGAGUUUAUACACUCUGGAGGAGAACCAGAUGCUGUGCUUUAAGGUGGAGACCCAUGUGGCCGUUGCAGCUGAGCAGGUGUUUCUCCUACUGUCUGAUCUAAGGCGAAGGAAGGCGUGGGACCACCACUACCAAGAGUGUGAAGUAAUAACGGACUCAAACGAAGAUGACACCAUCUACCGUGUUUUUACCCCUUCUGUGACGAAAGGAGGCAAAGGCCAAGACUUCAUUCUCCUGGCCUCCAGGAGGCGCCCUUGUGAUUCUGGAGACCCUUAUUUGAUUGCCUUGCGUUCUGUUACCCUGCCGGCGUAUCCUCCCACUGAAGACUACAACAGAGGAGAGGUACUCUGUGCUGGCUUCAGUAUAUGGGAAGAGGAAAACUCUUUCACUAAGAUUUCAUACUACAACCAGGCCACUCCUGGCGUGCUGCCCUACAUCUCCACUGACAUCGCUGGGCUUUCCUCCAGCUUCUACCGCACCUUUGCCUCAUGUAGCGCUUUCCUGGAGGAGAAUAAAGACAGCCUGGCCUCUCUGCCCACCUCCAUGCUGUGAGAAAUCUCAGAGAGAAGCUGAGGUCAACAUUCAGUGCUCUUCAGAAAUUCAUUUAGGGGCUUUCACACCUGGCACGUUUGCUCCUUAAGCUUGGUUGGUUUAGCUGUAUGUGAACAGGCCAAUUGCUCUCAUAUCUAAACAAUUGUUCUGAGAUCCGUUUGAAAACAAAUUAUAGAACAGAGACCCACUCACUUAGUGAAAAAUAGUAGUGUUUGAUUUUCUAAUACCUCUCAGAAAAAAAUGGUGGGAUAAUAAAUGACCAAUGAAAUGAGAGUUAAUGUUAUAAAUUGUGGCCUUUUUAGAAAUAUUGCCAUUAGAAAGUGAACCGAACCAACAAGAAAUUGCACUUCAGAGCAAAGCAGACCAUUUACUUAAAAAUGCACUAAAAAUACAUUGUUAGGGUCAAAAAUUUCAUUGUAGAUCUGAUACACAUUUGAAUUGAAUAUAAAAGAUCAUGAAUCUGUAGGUGCGUAAAACUCUUUUUCUGUAUAAAUUUUGAAAAAGGCAUUACUGUCAUUAGCUGGAGAGUUGAUUUUAUAAUGUAGUCAUGGUUAAUACUAUUAUUUUAAAAAUGUUUCUUUAGAUAAUUCACCUUUAUAAGCUAGAAUUCAGGGUCACGUGCAAUAAUGUAAAACUGAAAGACUACUGUAUGCUAGUUUAUAGCACUGCUGUCAUUCUCACUGACUUUGGUACACAAAAAACAACUAAUAAACUUUAAAUAAGUGGCAA